GGCAGCCAGUCUAGUGUGCUGUUUGCAAAUAUCCUGAGCUGAGCGCUGCGAAGGGCUAGGGGAGAAGGAAGUGGAGCACCGACGUACGGACUGCUGCUACAAACAAACCUUCGCUUGCAUCGCAGAGGGGAUCGUUCUUUAUUCCUUUCACAGACAUUUUUUAUUUAAAACGCGGGUGUUUACAUAGUUUUUAUUAUUAUUAUUAUUAUUACUAUUAUUAUUAUUUUUCCCACCUCCCUCCCCUCCAGACAAUUAAGUGCGGGGAAGAAAAAUGGAUGUUUUACCGAUGUGUAGUAUUUUUCAAGAACUUCAAAUAGUUCACGACACGGGCUAUUUCUCAGCCUUACCGUCUCUGGAGGAGUACUGGCAGCAGACUUGCUUGGAGUUGGAACGCUACCUACAGAGCGAGCCGUACGUCUCCACGUCCGAGCUGAAGUUCGGCGGCCAGGAGGACCUCUGGAGCAAGCUGAUCCUGGCUUGCGGGGACAAGGCCAAGGCCGACCCAAACCUGGCCCUGGUGCCGGCCCACGACGAGGACAAUCAGGACGGCCAGCUCUUGGACAGCAACAGCGUCAACUCUGACGCCAGCAGCGAGGCUUCGGACAGUUUCGAGGAGCUCUCCCCCACGCACAGCUUUACCUCCAACCCGUUGGGGUCGACGUUGGUUGGCUCUGGACCUUUUAGCCCCUCCGUCAUCAGCACGCCGCCGUCCUCGCCGGAGGCCGCCAUGGGCACGGCCGCCGCCGUCAAUGGCUGGGUGGCGACGCACGCCGGGCUGAACCUGCCCGUCAAAAUCAGGACCGGCAGCAGUGGUGGCGUGGGAGUAGGAGGCGCGGCGGUGGCGAAGGCCACGGAAAAGACUGGACUCCUCUGCGGAGACGCGUCCCCGGAUGCCCGGAGGCGGGUACAUAGGUGUCACUUCAACGGCUGUCGCAAGGUUUACACGAAGAGCUCGCAUCUGAAGGCACACCAGCGCACUCACACAGGUGAGAAACCGUACAGGUGUUCGUGGGAGGGCUGCGAGUGGCGCUUUGCACGGAGCGACGAGCUGACCAGACACUUCAGGAAGCACACAGGGGCCAAGCCAUUCAAAUGCAAUCACUGUGACAGAUGUUUCUCCAGGUCAGACCACCUGGCCCUUCACAUGAAGAGGCACGUCUAACGCAGGGCCAGCGUCCACCGGGCAACGCACCGAAGGGAAAAUCCUCUGAAAUUUUCUCUCUCAAACGUUUUUUUUUUUCCUCUUUUUUUUCUUUUUUUUUUCUUUUUGAUGGAGAGAGGAAAAAAAAAAUUUUAAAAAUCCAAACGCACGCCAUCUCCCGACUGGCCUCUUGGUUGAACUGUCCCAGAGAGCAGAGCGGCGAGGGCGAAUGGGGCGGAAGGAGGAGGCGUGUCCCAGCCAAAGCAUGCCGUUUUGCACCGUACCGAAAUAACCCAGUGCCUCCGGGACCUCACUUUGUUUCUCUUUUUCUUGUUGUGUUUUCUUUUUUUGGAGACGGGCGCUCUGAUGGUUUUCUGUUGCAACAGGACGACGAAAUUGCGGACGCGAGUGGGAAGGAAAUGGUUUUCCAUCGAGAACUUUAAGAAAAGACCAAGGGGAAGCCGGGGGGGUGGGGAGAAACAAAAAAACAAACAAAAAAUGCUUACAGGAGAAAAAGAAAAAAAAAAAAAAGGCGAGUGAAUGAAUUGUAUGUAUGGUGCAUGAUGUUUUGGGGGGGGGGAAACGUCUCCCGGACAGCAGAUACACUGGUACUUUACAAACCUGUCUGAGGUUAGCAUGUCUGCACUGUGAAUGUCUGAGAUUGGCUGACCGGCCCAGGAUGAGGACUGACGAGAAGACGGAUUGGUGCGGGGCUGGUACCAAUGUUGCUGUGGACUGAAUGAGUUUCUGUGGCGGAGGCGAGCUCAGGGCAGCGGCGUGAGGAUGAGGCCGGGUCACGUCUGUCUGGCUGCCAGACUCUAAAAACGGGGGGCCGGGGUGGUUCGGAUCGCUUCAUCUGAAACGCGUCAGGCUUUGGGUCCGACCAGAACAUAGACAUGACGCCUUCUGGUCUGUGCCUCCACCACCUCUUCCCUGAAUGACAGAAGCCUUGUUUUGGUGGUUUUUCUUUUUACUUUUUUAUUUUAAUUUUAUUUUGUUAUUUUUUGGUGCAGCUACUAAAUGUGCAAUGUGUUAUGUAGCCUGGUUUCUUAAUUUUUCUACAAGCUACAAAACCCAUUUGUAGUACCGACUGUAUGAGCUGUGUGCUUAGAGGUAAUAACACAACUAUACUAUUAACUUCAGUAUCAUAGACAGGUGUUGCAUGGUUCUAGGGAUUGUUUCCAUUUCCAGUUUCCCACUGUAAUCAGGACUGCAAAUAGUUUCAAGAAAAGUGCAGCUAAAAACGCAAACGGUUAGAUGUUACAAUAUUGUACAUAAAGGCCUCGACAAUUCCUCCUUUUAUUUUGUUUUUGGUGGAGAUGCACCGAUCUGGCUUGACCGGCCCAUGCCGAUUAUUUAUUUAUAUUUUUUUAAAUCAAACACAAGUGAAGGAAUAACUCGUCCCCUCUUUGUGCAUCACGUUGUAUGUCUCCAACAUUUACCAGAUUCCUAUAAAUUAAAACGUUUUUUAUCAUUAUUCAACAACAACAACAAAAAAGGAUAAAGUUACUUGAAAAAAGUGGGGAUUUUUCAUUUUGAUGUAUUCAACAUCUGGCUGGUUGAUCGGUUCAUCUCUAUUCUCAUCCCCUUUUUUUUUUUUUUUUUUUUAAGUUUCCUCUUCAUUGUGGUUUUUCAUCUGCCUGGAGAUUUCACUGCUGCUCAUAUCCAUCUGAUGCCUCAAAGACUAAUUUCUGCUUAGUACUUCUUUUGUUUAUGUAUGUGUGUGUGCGUAUACUCGUUUUUCUUUCUACCUAAUAAUGCACUGUUGACCUUAAUGGUGCCUUAUGCAAGUGGCCUCCCACCUGGGGAUGUCACGUUUGUCGACUGGGUGAUUUAUAAUUUUUUUUUUUUUUUUACAAGCUCUAUCAAGGCUCAAUUACAAAACAGUUGCAAUAGUUACAUUUUCCCCACGACUAAUUGAGUUGUUCCAUUUUUUAAGUCUUUCACACAAAGUACCUGUUAUCAGUUGGUUUGCCGUUUUUUGUUAGUUUUUUAUUUUUUGAGACGGAGCAGUGGAUUAGCUGUUUAUCGCAUUUAAGUUAACUUGUAAAUAAGGCGAUGCUGUAACCUGGGAGCACUUAAAUUUGUUGAUUAAAGGCGUUAACUACUGUGUAGUAUGUACUCGAGUCCAUCUCACACAGCAGCACAAAGGUACAAAGUGAUCAAGAUGUUGAAAUGAUAAAAAGUCGGCGACGUUUCGAGUGUGGCCCCGAGAAUCCGACCGUCUGACGGCACAGACGACAAAGAAACGCGACUUUCUUUUCGGCGGCAAGUGAUAAAAGCAGCUGGGGGGCGGCUGUCUGAAACUUUAGCUUGAACUCAGUUACCCUUCCUCUCCUCUGCUGGUUCUCCCAUCUCCUGUCCCCGCAUCCAAGUGGGACUGAAGGGGGGAGAAAAGAAAAAAAGCUAAAGAUUUAUUGUAAUUAACAGGCUGCAGUCGGACAGGCCUCGCCUUGUACUGCCUCUCGGUAAUGAAUUGCUAAAGGCUUUGUUGGCAUGGAAUCUGUCACAGACUGCUGACUGUGUAGGUUGGUUAUUGACCUGUCUGGAGCGCGUUGUUUCGGCCAAAGCUGCAACUGUAACGCAGAGGGGAAAUGAAGGAGGGAUGCAUGAGGAAAUUAGGCAGAAGGGGGGGAAAAAAAAACAUUAUUGACACUGUAGCAGAAAGAUUGCCAGGGGGUGGGAGGAAGAAAAAAAAAAAAGAGGUGAUUUGACUUCAGUUGAUCAGGAUGAGGCGAUCUGUCCGCUCCCACCCGGGGUCGGCGACCUCCGAUGUCGCGGCGACCGCGACACGCUCCGGACGUAUGGAUUUCGGAUCAGUCGCAGGAGACGGAGGAUGAGUUCAAGCUUUGAAACUGCUUGCUGCGGUAGAUUUUUUUUUUUUUUGGGGGGGGGGGGAGUUGCUGCAAAGAGCCGCAGCAUCUGUGACGUCGGCGAGCCGAUAUCCUUCCAGUGAUAAUUGAGCCUUGAUUUAGCGUCGUUUUUUUUUUUUUGUUUUUUUGUUUUCAUUUUGCUUGCAUUUAUUUCCACAUCAUCAUCAUCAUCAUCUCUCUUUCAUCCCACUCACCCAGCUGUUCUCUCUCAUACAGAAAACACACUAUCUCUUGCUCUCUCUAUCACACACACACACACACACAGCUCUUUUGUUCUCAACUGAAUCUUUGUAUAAGAGAAAAAAAAAGACUUUUGUAAAAUUGUUAUGUUUAUGCUUUAUGAAAUUUUUAUUUGAAAUUGUUUUGCAAAAUUGUUAUAUUUCUGUAUGAAUGUAUUUUUUAUUGGAAUAAUAAGAAAUUCUUAUCUGA